AGUCACUUCAUCAUUAGCUGUUGUGGGAUUCGCCUCGAGAGUGUGUGGCAUUGCUUUAGCUUGCGAAUUUGCGAAAAUGGCCAGCAAGUCAAUGGAGUGCCUAUAUUUGUUCGCUAUUGUUAUUUUGCUCACCCUAUUGGGCUCAGGACAAGCACAAGGACGAUGGAGUUGCGUUGGAAAUGCGACCGCUCAAAAAGUCAAUCUUGAUGAGACGUCCGGUGUUUGGUAUGAAGUAGCAAGAGCUCCUCAAAGUGAAGUUCCAGCUUGCCUAAAGGUGACGGCGCCCUCUGCAAUUCAAAACGAUGAGUACACCCUGCAGUUGGAUUACAUGAACAACCUGGAAAAUAAAUGGAAAAGGGUCGAGGAGAACAUUACAUUUCCCUGGAACAAUUACACCCAAGGAGGAGAAUUCAAUUUGACCUUCUAUGGAGAUAGUCCGGACACCAAUGUAACAGUCACAUUCAUUUAUAUGGGGACUUUAGAUAAGUUUGCCUUUGUGUGUGGCUAUUCAGGUAUUGCCCAAUCGGUUAGUUUGCUUCGAGUCCUGAGCAGAAACACCACGGAUCCGGAUAUGAUCAAUGAUAUCAACAAGCUGUUGGACUCUCAAGGCAUUAGUUCGUCGCUAUUGACUUGGGUGGAGCAAGGAGAGAAGUGCAAUAGUGCAGCCUUCCUAUCAACACCCACAUUUGCAAUUCUCUUUGCCUGGCUAAUGGUCGCCGUGACAAGGUCUGGCGGCCACACCGCCCUAUAAAAGUACAAGCCAAUGUAGCGGUAAGCGCAUCUAAGGCGUUAUUUGUGAUAAUUGUCCCCUUUCGAUAAGAAUACCUACAUACCCAUUAUAAUUUAUAUUUUAGUUGUAAAUGCCAAUAAAGUGUCAAUAAACCAUCGAACCAUUA